AAACGAUAUUCGCCUUGCAUUUAGGGGAAUGGCGAGUCCCUCUUACGCGUCGUCAAGGCUCAUUUUUAUUCUGCUUCGUCUUAAAAUUUGAGCUGCAUUCUUUCCAUUCUAAAAUCUUCCUACACUAUGACCUGGCAACUCUCUGCAAUUCUUUCAGGACACAAGGGCGAUGUCAAAGCAGUUAUUGCGCCCACGGAUUCACUAGUUGUCUCCGUCUCGCGUGAUAAAUCCGUCAGAACUUGGAAGAGGCAGUCAAACAACACCUUCUCGGAAGAGAGAGUCUUCCUUGGCCACACUAACUAUGUUAACUCAGUCGCCUUUAUUGGCGUCUCUGAAGCCAACCCUAACGGGCUCAUCGUGACUGGAGGAAGUGAUAAAUUGAUCAACGUCUGGAAUCCCGAGGACGCUAGUGCGCCUGUGUACACACUUGUCGGUCAUUCGGAUAACGUCUGCUCUUUAUUCGCAGACACGGAUGGGCAUAUUGUUUCUGGCUCUUGGGAUAAGACAGCAAAGAUCUGGAGGAACUGGCAAUGCGUCCAUACCCUCGAAGGGCAUGCUCAAGCUAUUUGGGGCGUUCUUGAGCUGGAGCAUAAUGUGGUGGUUACAGCUUCCGCUGACAAGACAAUAGCCAUGUGGAAAGACGGCAAGAAAAUCAAGACUAUAACUGGUCAUGAAGACUGCGUUCGCGCACUUGCUUUGCUUCCGGGCAUUGGCUUCGUUUCUUGUGGAAAUGAUGGCGCUGUCAUUGUCUGGUCCAAUGAGGGUGAUCCAGUUCAAGCACUCGACGGACACACCUCUUUCGUCUACUCUUUAGCAACGCUUCCUACAGGCGAAAUCUUCUCGAGCGGUGAGGACAGAACCGUCCGUGUUUGGGAAAAUGGCGCAUUGUCACAAACUAUCAUUCAUCCUUGCGUUUCUGUUUGGUGCGUCGCAUCCCUUCCUAAUGGUGAUAUCGUGAGUGGUGGGUCUGAUGGGUUUGUCCGUGUCUUUACCAGAAAUCCUGAACGUGUCGCCAAUGCAGAGACGCUCAAAGCUUAUGAAGAAGAGAACGCAGCAGCGAGUAUCCCCUCUAACCAAGUAGGAGAUAUUAAAAAGGACGACCUUCCGGGGCCUGAAGCUCUGCAAGUACCGGGGAGAAAAGAUCAAGAUGUCAGGAUGGUUCGCGUAGGGAAUAUUGUAGAGGCCCAUAUGUGGUCGAAUGCUGAGCAAUCAUGGUCGAAGAUCGGAGAAGUCGUCGAUGCCGUUGGACAGACCAGGAAACAGCUUUUUGAUGGGAUUGAAUAUGAUCAUGUAUUUGAUAUUGAUGUAGGAGAGGGGCUCCCUACCCUGAAGCUACCUUUCAAUGUUACAGAAAAUCCUUACACUGCUGCGCAAGCAUUCUUGGUUAAACAUGAACUUCCUCAAGUUUAUUUGGAUCAAGUUGCAGAUUUCAUUACCAAGAACGCUCGGGCAGUGUCACAGGGUGAAGUUGCAGUUACUGGAGACCCAUUGACUGGAGGCUCACGAUAUAGGCCUGAACAAAACACGGCAUCAUCCUCUCUAGGAUCAUACAAUCCAUGGGGUAACGAUGUUUCAAAGCCCCAGACUGCCGUUAAAAGGCUCAUCCCUCAGCUAACAAAUGUGCCUUUCAAGGAUGCCAAUCUGCCUGCCAUCCACAAGAAAGUUAUGCAGCUGAACACAGAGUUAGCGUCAUCAGGCGUAGCUCUUGAUGAUACAGAGUUGACUCAAUUGGAUUCACUUUUCAAAUUUCUUGGAGCACCGCCGAAACAACCGUUGCCACAGCCAGAGUACGUAACCCUUCUCUUAAAGAUUUUCAACAACUGGCCUAAAGCAUCACGCUUUCCGGCGUUGGACUUGCUAAGGCUGUUGGCUCUUUACUCGCCUAGUCCAGCUGAGACACCUGAUCUGCUCAAAACACUUUUGACAGCGUCAAGGACAGAUGAGACUAGCUUCAUGCUUGUUUCUCGCCUUGUCGUCAACUUUUGUGAAACGGAACAGGGCAAGAAGGCAGCCAUGGAUGAUAUUUCAACUGUUCUUGAGUUUAUGGAAGCUGAUGCUGUUUGGCAGAGCUCAAACAAGAAUCUCAAGUUGGCGGUUGCUACAGUGUACAUGAGCUACUCGACACUGCUCCUGAAGCGAGAUGAUGACACCAUAGCGAUCCGAUAUAUGGACGCUCUAAGUAAGAUCCUGGAAAAAGAACGAGAGCAACAGGUCCAGCAUCGUCUGCUCGUCGCUCUUGGUAAUCUGAUAUUUGGUCAUGAAGGGGUCAGAGAGUUUGCUGCCAUCUCUGGCGUGAAGAGCAUACUUCAGUCAGCCGUUCUAUCGAGGCCCGCUUCAGAGAGAAUCGCCACAGGAGGCGUUGUCAAUGAAAUUAUCAAGUUCUUGGACUGA